CGGAUCCCCCCAGUGGCACGUUUAGCUUCUUUUAGACACAUAUAUUGGCUUUCCACACUCAUGCAUUCUGGAGAGGAAGAUCCCUCGACUGUCUAUAUCAGUGAAGUUUAUUCUAAUCCUAUGUCUUACAACGAACAAGAUAGUCACAGUGCCAGUGUCUCAGAUGCACCCUAUUCCCUGGGGCGAGAACCCACUACAUAUGGUGAUGCCCAAGACCAGCAUCUAACCGCACACGACGACCCUGCUUACAGGUCUUCGUAUGCUUCGUGUGAGACUUCUAGGGGUAUGGCCUCGGGCAUGGACUCCUUCCUCCCUGGCGGAUCCGCAAGCGUCACCGCGGACUUCCAGCAGCAGCCCGCCCUUACCGGUAGAAGGAGGCAACGCAAACCCAAGUUGUACGAAUUGCCCAAACAAGCCGACCCGACGGCAGAAAUGAGGAGGGAAAGGGCAAUACGACAGAAGAAUAAAAGGGAGAAACAGCAUCAGGAUGAAGUGAAUAUGAAGCGAGAGACAAGCAGAGCACAAGAGGAAUGUAGGAAGAUGAAGAUAGAGAAGGAACUGAGAGCUUGUAAUAUAAAUAUGAUGGAAUACCUCCUGACCAUGAGUGAAUCAGCCAUGUACCCAGGUGCGUUCUGCAAAUAUGUGAGUGAAUUGAUGUGGAAGAUCUGGUGGAUAAGAAUAGGACGAUGA